AUGAGGGCGUCUGACGACGAAGAAAUUCGAUCGGAUGCAUUUUUCCCUGAUCGAGAGCAGUUCGGAGAAGAAACUUUUCGUCUUACAGCAGAGAGAUACGCGACAAUGACACCCUUGUAUCCAGAAGAUAGUCGGCGAAAAUCCUCAUCACUUACAAGACCUAUUUCACUUAAAUCUCAGUUCUCAGAAUCAAGAGAUGGUUUGGGGAGGUCGUACUCAGAGGAUUAUCAUCGCCCAAAGUCCCCGUUCGAAGGUGUCCAAGCUAUUAUUCCAGUGGCGGUGCUGCACAUGGGUCAAGCUAUGAAGCAUGGGUACGACAACUGUGCACCAGGAGCAUCAUGUGUGCCUACCCUGGCUUCUUUGGACUCGUCCCCGUGUCCUGCCCGACAAAGUGAUCCAUGUGCGCCGAGACCUCCAUGUUACCCAUCCACUUGUUUUCACUCUGACUCCCACACGGUUACAUCUACUUGGACAGAAUGGAGUCCAUGUUCCCGAUCUUGUGGUCCUGGCACGAGAACUCGGCAGUGUUCAGGAGUUGGUUGUGUGGGUCCAACUGUUGAGCCUUGUGUGAUUGCGGCAGUUUGUCAUGAAUGGUCUCCGUGGAGUGCGUGGUCGGUCUGCUCAGCAUCUUGUGGAGAGGGUGAACGAAAACGUACACGAGAAUGCAUCGGUGGACGAGACUGUCCAGGUGUUAGCAUGACUGUAGAAACUUGCACAGCUGCGGCCUGUCCGGUGUGGAGUGAUUGGGGUCCGUGGGAAGGCUGUAGUCUUACAUGUGGACAAGGGCAGGAAAGAAGAAGUAGGAAAUGUCAGAGUAGCGUAUUCUGUCCUGGCCCAGCAAAUGAAAGCAGAAUGUGUAACCUUGGGGAAUGUCCACAGUGGACUGCGUGGACGUCAUGGUCAACGUGUACGAAAAGCUGCGAUACCGGGGAGACGGUACGUACAAGAGAAUGCGAGAGAGGCAAAAGUUGCGAAGGGGCAUCAGAGGAGCGAUUAUUAUGCAAUCAACAUGAUUGCCCUAGUUGGGGUGAAUGGACAGCGUGGACAGUGUGUGCCAACAAAUGCGACGAGGAUUCUUAUAGAAUAAGAAACAGAGUGUGCAUGUAUCGAGGAAUGGCCCAUGCAGGAUGCGAAGGAUCAGCACAGGAUCAGUCCACCUGCCCAACCCGAGCGUGUCCCACGUGGUCAGAUUGGGAGGACUGGUCUGAAUGUUCAGCGACAUGCGGUCAAGGGAAUCAGAGCAGGAUGCGCACCUGCGAAAAUGGUUCUGGCUGUCCAGGAUCGAACCGAGAAAUUCGUUUCUGCCAGUUGACAAGUUGCCCCUAUUGGGAUGAAUGGAUGGGAUGGAGUGGUUGUUCCGUAACGUGCGGCAUCGGAGUGUGUGAGCGCAGAAGGCGAUGCGUAACGGAUGAUCUUGUGAACCUACCAAAUCUUGAAGAGCUUGAUGAAGCGCUUUUUGAAAUGGAGUCUGGUCCAGCAGACAGAGCAAAAUCCAUGCUUAUUGCCCGAUCACGGUCCGAAGUUCAAAGUUCCGCAUACCGUAAUCACUCCGCUGAGGAUGCUGCCAGACGUGCUCCUGCUCGAGCCACCAUUGAAGGUGGUGGCACAUGUAUUGGAUCGGAUAAUGAGAGAAAGCCAUGCGAUGCAGGUCCAUGUUGCUCAUGGGACUCAUGGAGCGAAUGGUCACCUUGCACCGGAUGUGGUCCACAAGCGAUAUCUAGGCGAAGUCGUGUGUGUAAAAUGGUGGAAUCAAGUGCCGUGUUUACAUCAUCUUCUUCUCAACUAGAUUAUGGUCAUAUUGACGUGAUAGGAGCACAUAGGCUGACAGAUUCCUACAUAAGAGGUCCACUAGCAGUAGGUAUUGUUCAGAGUAUGACUCCAAUUGUUCCAGUGAAUCAUAGAAGACGGCGUCAGGCCAUAUACUCACAAAGAGGGGUCAACUGUUGUGAGGGUUCGGCUUUCGAAACACGACAGUGUAAUACAGUGUGUGAUACACCUCGUUCAUGCGAAUGGACCGAAUGGAGUGAUUGGUGCGGCUGCACAAGAUGUCGGGUUGGCAAAGAAAUUCGUCGCAGAUUUUGUGAUCGCCUUGAUUCUAAAGACGGAUCAUCGGAUUUAUCAUGUCAUUGUUCCGGCAGAGAUACUGAAGAGAGAGACUGUAUUGUUGAGAAGAUAUGUGAUGCCAUGCACUUAUCCGGAAGAGGACCUUCAACCGUCGGAGGUUUAGGUGGACAUCCAGUUGAUGAACAUGGGUAUUAUGAGCCAAUUAACGCUAGACAAGAAGAUGCUGAGUUACACAAACAGGAUGACGAGUAUAAAAUCUCCAUGUUGAGCAGGAAGGAUUCAACACUGAGCACUACAACUUUCGCCUACACGAUUUGCCGAUGGUCUAAGUGGUCGGAGUGGAGUCAAUGCAAUGACAACAAAAAGCGGAAUCGAAAUCGAUUCUGCAUUGGAAGUGACACUCUGGUGAGCGACUGUGAAUGUGCGGGCUUCUCAACCGAAGAAGAUAACUGUGAUUCAACAGGAACUACAUUACGUGUUGUUAACGAGGUCGAUUUCAGCAUCAGUAAAGGGAGAUCAGAUCCGGACAUUAACUCGGAUGAUGAGAAAAAGCUUGAAGAAAGUAUCCAAUCAGCAUUGAAGGUGGACGAAUCUACUCAGAACAAGAACGAGGUGUCGCUAACGACCAGCGUCAUCAAGGCGGAAAAGUGUGAAUGGACUAGAUGGUCUCAGUGGUCUGCAUGUACAGUAAGCUGUGGAACUGGAGAUCGAUUACGAAAGAGGCGCUGCUCCUGCGGAGAUCUCCGCUGUGGUAAUGGAUUAGAUCAAGAAGCUUCCAAAUGUUCUGAAUGGAAAUGUGAUAAAAAGAUGCACCCUGUAUUCAAAAUCGACUGA